UAACAUGAUUAGCAAAAGAUAACAGCAACUGUAUGCCAAAUUUUAUACGUGCGAAAGAAUUCUUAUAAAUAGACUGUAAGGGACGUUGAAAAAUCAGUUUCCACACAGUUUUCUUGUAGUUAACAUCGCAAGCACCAAAAAAGCAAAAUGUUCAAAUACAUUACCUUCGCCGCUCUCUUCGCUAUCGCCACCGCUGCUCCUGGUUUCAUCCCUCAACCCGUUGUGGCCAAAGUAGGUGCCGUUGUACACAGCGUUCCAUCUGCCACCUCCCACCAAAGCAUCACUCAAGUGCACAACAAUGCCCAUAUUGUUACACCUGUCGUGAAAGCUGUAGCUCCAGUCGUCCCUGUGGUUCAUGCUGCACCCAUCGCCCCAGUUGUGAAGACCUACACCGCUCCUGUGGUUCCAGUAGUCAAGACCUACCACACACCCGUAGUUCAUCAUGUUCCAGUAGUGAAGUCUGUUGUUGCCCCCGUUGUACCAUUGGUCCAUGCAGCUCCAGUAUUCAAGACUGUUGUUGCAGCUCCUGUUGCCCAUAUUGUACAUCACUAAAUCUAUUACUGUGAUCGGGAAUUUGUUGAAUAAAUAUAUAAGAUUUUACCAUACCAAGCAAAAC